CUAAAUAACUCAGCGUGGUUGAAAAUUAAAUCUUACCCAGGCAUAUGUACGUAGCGCAACAAAAGCGCACACACAGCGACAUUAACUUCCACGAGAAAGUUGGGUUGUAGCGUAGCACACCGAACCAAAAAUGGAUGUCGCCGUCGCCGGAAACUCCACACCCUAUAACCGUUUGCAAGAACUAAAGGCCUUCGACGAAUCCAAAGCUGGAGUUAAAGGCCUGGUCGACUCCGGCAUCACCAAACUCCCAAAAAUUUUCGUCCGGCCGCCGGAGGACCUCGCCGCCGCCGACCCAGUAUCCGACAACCCUGCCGGUGCCCAGUUCACGAUCCCCGUAAUUGACCUCGACGGCCUUACCGGCGAGCGCUCCGGCGUGGUGGCUGGAGUCCGGCGGGCGGCGGAGACAAUGGGGUUCUUCCAGGUGGUGAAUCACGGAAUUCCGCUGAAGGUGCUGGAGGAGACGAUGGCGGCGGUCCAUGAGUUCCACGAGCUGCCACAAGAGUUGAAGGCUGAGUAUUAUAGCAGGGAGCAGAUGAAGAAGGUGAAGUAUGGGAGCAACUUUGAUUUGUAUCAGUCAAAGUAUGCUAAUUGGAGGGACACUCUUUUCUGUGUGAUGGGUCCUGACCCUCUUGAUCCUCAAGAACUGCCUCCGAUCUGUAGGGAUGUAGCAAUGGAAUACUCUAGGCAAGUUCAGUUGUUGGGGAGAGUUUUAUUUGGGUUAUUAUCAGAAGCACUUGGACUCGACCCUGACCAUCUUGAAGGCAUGGAUUGUGCAAAGGGCCACUCAAUUUUGUUUCACUAUUAUCCAUCAUGUCCUGAGCCUGAACUCACUAUGGGCACUACCAGGCACUCUGAUCCUGAUUUCCUCACAAUUCUGCUUCAAGAUCACAUUGGAGGGCUCCAAGUUUUGGGCCCUUAUGGAUGGGUUGAUGUUCCCCCUGUUCCUGGAGCUCUAGUAGUAAACAUUGGAGAUCUGCUACAGCUAAUAUCCAAUGACAAAUUCAAAAGUGUGGAGCACCGUGUGCUUGCAAACCGCAUAGGGCCUAGAGUAUCAGUGGCAUGUUUUUUCACUCUUCAUCUCUACCCAACAACAAGAAUAUAUGGGCCCAUCAAGGAACUAUUGUCAGAAGAAAAACCCCCGGUUUACAGGGAAACAUCACUGAAAGAUUUCAUUGCUUACUAUGAUAAUAAGGGACUUGAUGGGAAUUCAGCUCUUGACCAUUUUAUGAUAUCGCGUUAAAUAUGGAAGUGUAAGUCUGAUUAUUCAUUGGCUUUCACAAUCAGUUAUUAAGUUGUCUUAAAUUGCAAUGAUCAUGCUUCUUAUGAGCAACAUCAACCGGUUACAGACAUAAUUUUGAAUGUAAAUUUGUGCACACUUUGACAUACAAAGUAUCUUCUCAAUGAGAAAUCCAAUCCAGCUCAAACUUUCGGCUCCAACCUUCAGAUCUGCUUGCUGGUUUUCUUAA